AUGCUUAUGUUGAAGCGGAUUGCUGGAGAAUACAAGUGUCUAAAUCCUUCUCUAGCUAUCUAUCUAGUGGUAGCCAAGAAUCUUUUGACAGAGUUCAGGGAAGCUACUUGGGAACAUAUCCCAAGAGAGGAGAACUUCGCAACCAACGAAUUGGCUCAUAUAGCAACGGGGGUACAAAUGCCUGAAGACUGUGUCCAAAGGAUCAUCAAGGUAGGAAAGAAAAGUCUACCGUCUGUUCUAACCAGAGGAAUGGAGAUAGAUGUCAAUUAUGCCAUAAUCACUGAAGAUAACUGGAGAACUCCCAUCAUAAAUUACUUGAAGUAUCCAACCCUGCCUUUUGAGAAAGAAUAA